AUGAAUUUCGUCAGGAAUUUCGAGGCGACGGGGGUGCUGCCAGAGUCACUGACGACGGCGGUAACGGUUUUACUGCACAAGAAAGGGGAGAAGGACCUGCUGACAAACUACAGGCCAAUCACUCUGCUCACAACAGUGUACAAGGUCCUGGCAAGGGUGCUCGCGAACAGGCUCAAACGCGAACUACAUCACAUCAUCUCAAGGGAGCAACACGGGUUCAUACCGGGGAGAAGCCUGGCAGACGCGGUGGCGGUGGUGGCGGAUGCGAUAGAAGCGGCAGACAAUGAUGGUGAAGACUGGUACCUCUUGCACGUUGACUUCCAGAAGGCCUACGACACAGUGUUGCGGCCUUUCCUUUUCGGGACGUUGGGGAAGCUCGGAUUGCCUGCGCGAUUUAUCAAAUGGGCAGAGGGCCUGCAUCAGGGGUCAGGGAUGAGGUUGGCGUUAAACGGCUGGGUUGGGGAAAAGAUUAAAAGGCGCGGCCUGGGGGUCAAGGCGGACGGGGGUGACGCGGUGUCAUAUGUUGGCUACGCGGACGAUACCUCGUUGAUCCUGAAAGGCGCAGAUCAGCUCCACUCAGCUACAGCAGCGUUGGAUUGGUUCGGGAGACUGUCCGGCCUACGCAUCAAUCAAGACAAGUAUAUCGUCAUGCCGCUGGGUAGGAACAAAGGCAGAACGUCCCUACCAGGGGUCAGUUUCAAGUGGGCGGAGGAAGGGGUCCCCGAGCGCCUGCUUGGAAUAUGGGUGACGCCGGACGGAGACGCGACACCGUCCUGGGAAAAAGCAUGGGAGAGAGGGAGGAAGGAGCUGAUCAAAUGGGAGAAGCAACACCAGCUGACGGCAUCAAGAGUAACGGUUAUCAACAGCUACAUCAUGCCGAUACUGCUUUUCCAGGCGCAAAUAUACCCGCCGCCGGAAGAGCUUUGGGCGAAAAUCCGGAAAACCUACGACAAUUAUGUCUCGAAAGGGGAGGCAACAUCGGAGAAAAUCUUUGUGCUCUGGAGCGGGGAGCUGGCGCGGUUGCCGAAGGAGGACGGCGGCUUGGGGCUGAUCGAUCCGAAGGACCGGCUGGAUAGCAUGGCGAUACGGCAGGUGGGGAAAUUCUUGACAGAGAAGGAUGCCACCAAGAGAUGGCUGAUGGAGAAGGCCGCAGCGCUGCCACAAGGUGUUGCGACGCUCUUCGCCCACAAAUCUGCCAAAAAACACUGGGAGAAGGGGAGCCAGAGGUGA